CAUAGUCCUCAAACCUUUACAAUACCUACAGAAUACAAACUUCCUCAUAAGACAACCUUUGUGUGUGCACUCUAUUCAAAAAUUCUCUCAAAAAAAAAAAUCCUAAGAGAGUCAUCAAUAAUCAUGGCUCUCUCACAUCCUAUGACAAUUUUCUCUCUUUUUCUUACAUUUUUAGCCCUCACUGCUGCCCAAUCCCCCAUGAUGGCCCCAACAAUGCCACCAUCCACCAUGUCAAUGCCACCAACUACUUCCACCACCACUCCUCCACCAAUGUCCUCCAUGUCACCGCCACCAUCCGCCAUGUCACCAACUCCAUCCACCAUGUCACCUCCUCCAAUGAGCCCAAUGACACCAUCCAUGAGCCCAAUGGGCCCAAUGACGCCAACCAUGAGCCCAAUGGACUCACCACCGGCCCCUGCAGGCCCUGGAAUGGCCCCUGCUAUGAGUACUCCAGGGCCUGCACCCGGACCUAUGGGUGGUGAGUCAAUGGCUCCUCCACCUCCAUCUAGUGGAUUUGUUCAUGGAAUUAGCAUCAGCAUGGCUAUGGUAGCAAUUAUUGGAAGUGUAGCACUUUUUUUCUAAAAAUUUGAAUUUGUGUCAUUUUAUUUAAUUUCCUUUCACUAUUGUUGUAGAUUACAAAUAAUUUACUUUUAUUUGUUGUACUAUUUUACUUUCAAUUUCUUCUAUUGUUCUUUUUUUUUUUUUUUUACUUUCUUAUUUUUGUCUCAUUGUAUUGUUGAUUUUGUGUGGGAGGAUGAGGAAUUUGAAGAGGUCUGAUUGGAGAUUUUAUCAAAUGUUACAUUCUCUAUAUGUAACAUUUUCACACUUUUUAGCUUAAUAAGACUCUAUUCUCAGCUUUCUUUAA